CUCAUUUUCUUAUGAUGGACGCGUUAGCUGAGGCUUCUUUCACUUCACUAAGAAAUGAUGUUUCUAUGACUUAACAAACUGUGUUUGAAGCUGUUACAAAAGUUUCACGUGAAGAUGAUGAUGCUUUGUUGGAUGAGUGUUAUCACCGUUUCUUCUAUCGUGCUUGCAAGAAGUGGCAUCGCCCUGACACCGCCCAAACCAAAGGUUUACGAAGAAUUAUACAACGUGACAUUCAAGUUACCAGCGAACAAAUCGGCAAUAUUGGACAUUGCUUCAUCUGGAAGGCCCGAGGGCUCACAAAUCCCGUGUUCCUCCGACUGCAUUAUCCGAAGAGUAACCAUUUUUCGACCAAGAGAAUCUGGGAAUUACAAGUUCGGCGUUGUGUGCAACGUGGCGUGCAUCUUUUCGAUUAGCGAAGAAGGGAACUACAAUAACUUGAAAACCUUAAACGUUAUAAAUUCUCCAAACAACAAUAAUCCCAAUGUGUCAGAGGCACUCCACUUGGGAGCCGGCUAUCCAUACAUGUUGGAGAUGGUUCUGUUCAUCAAAGCAUCCCAGACACCGUCCAAUAUAGUUCAAGCCAUAUAUCCAAGAGAAUCAGCGUUGAGUGACAUAAUCGCUAACAUCAGUCUGGACUUUGAUGAGUAUGACAUGGUGUUCUCAAGCAUAAUAAAAGCCCCGCGUGUUGGUCACAGUCAGCUGGACAAACUUAAAUCCCUCACUGUAACGUUUUGGUUGAGGGUUCAUCAAAACCAAAACGUCUACAUGAGGUUCCACUAUGACGAAUUUUUCUUUGAAUUAAACGCAGAAGAAUGUGUCAUUAGCCUUUAUUCUCAGGGAAUAUCAAGCCAAAUGACUGAAUCAAUUCCUCUAUCAAAUUUGGAAUGGGGUAUUUGGCAUCACUUUAGUAUCAUAUGGGAUGCUGCAGUUCCACUGAUGACUUUGUAUCAAGAUGGUCAACUCCUAAUGAGGACAGCAAGGUUCGAUGAAACAUUUUCACAGAGUCAAAAUGGUAAUGUAAAAAUUGAAGGAGAACAAGCUGAAAUCAGUUGCUUUAAUUUUUGGAAUGAAUCACUUUCCAAUGAUGAUUGGUUACCAUUCUAUCAAACACUCCGGCCUAAGUUUGGAACUGUCAAACCAACGAUUCCUUGGGAUCUGUUUCUGGUUAGCCACCAUCUUAGAGUGCUGAUUCGAUCACCUUCUGAAUGCACAUCUCUCCAAGCGCCUGGGGAUGUGACAAUAAAAGUCAAUGCCGAAAAAGGAACUGCUCAAGUUUCUUGGAGUGAAAUAAAUUCUACAGAAGUAGAAGGCUACGAAAUUGUCCUCUAUAAAGAUGGAGAUUUGAACAGUGGGAUAGCCUUGGAGGUGUGCAGGAAUCUUACCUCGGUCUUGGUGACGGGUAUUCAUUUCGCCACAUCGUAUAAUCUAUCAGUCUCAGCCUUUGGACCUCGUGGAGUGCUCGGGAGGAAAACGAGGGUUACAUUUGACGUAGACGAAGAAGCCCCCAAUAUCGUUCCAUCGGAUGUACAAGUGUUCCGUACUUCAUCAACUGAGGUCAUUAUCAGCUGGGAAUUCGACCAAAGUGCAUUGGUGUUUAAUGGUACAUUAAGGGGAUUCAAGGUUUUGUACUGGCCUUUGAACGAAACAGAAGCGAUUGCAGAAACUAUCAUGACGUGUAGUGAACUUCCAAACGAGUUGAACAUCUAUGAUUUGUUGCCCAACACAAAUUACUCUUUUAAAAUGCUAGCGUUCAGUUCAGUGCAGGGUCGUGCUUCUCCGGUUUUCCACAUACAGGAAGAACAAGUCUGCAACGGAUCUGUUGAGAACUUCCUUCUUUUUACUGAGCCAGUUUUGAGGAUGGUUUGGGAACCCCCUCUUAGAUCAUCAUGCACCGGGAUAAUAAGAAAUUACCGCUUGAAAUUCAAACAAAUCAUGAAUUCAUCUAUGACUCCCGUGUUUAUCAAGGUGCCGUAUGACGCGUAUGAGUACUCUGUAUCGUCGAAGGAUAAUCUUGCUACUGGAGUUAAGUAUCAAGUAUCGGUAGCUGUACAGACUAGCAAGAGUCUUCCAUUCGGACCAGAAUCGGAGGCUCGUGUCUUCACUUUACUCGAUCCUCCUAGUCCUCCUACGACAUCAACAUUGGCCCUAACACCCACACCCACUCUUAAUGUUUCGAUGACAAACUCUACAGCAUCAGGCUUCAAUCAAUCUAUCGCUAUCACGCCAGCUCCCUCUACCUCCGCUUGUAUCCAGUCUACCGCUGCAAGUGGUGGCUGGGGGGAAUGGGGCGAGUGGAGCGCGUGUAGCACGAGCUGUGGUGACGGUGCUCGUACGCGCAUGCGUAGCAGGCUCGUACCAAGUGGCGAUUGCGGCGGUGUGAUGACAAGAAACGCGCAGGAAUCGGAGCCAAACACGACAGAGGUCGAGAGUUGUGUCAUUCGGGAAUGCAUAGAGGUUGAUCUCGUCGUGACAGGGAAUCUCACAGAUAAGCAGUGGACGGAUUCAUUGCGGGUCAAGAACAGCUCUGACUUUCUGAGUCUGGAGGAUGAAAUUGUGCAAAAAGUAAAUGAUACCUACCCAGAUCCAAAGGUGCCGAAAAAAGUAACAGUUCUUGAUUUUCGGCACGGUAGCGUCAUUGCGACUUUCAACAUAACGUUCAGCACAGCAUUCUCGCAGGAGCUGCUCAUUAUUCAGGAAAUGAUGGAUAUAAACAACACCAUCAGUGGUCUCAGUAUUAUUCCCAUCACUGUGAAAGCGACUAAAGUCCCUAAUGCCGGUCCUACAAUCACGGCCAUCAAUAGCUUGACCACAGACUCCGUGCAGAUCACGUGGGAUCCGGUCAAGAGUUCUAAACACACAGGUAUCCCGUUACUGGGAUACAAGAUAAACUAUAGGCCCCUACAGAACGACACGUGGACCGUCGAGCAGUGUACUAACUGUACCAGUUCCCACGUGUUGGAAAAGCUGCAGGUGGACACCGAGUAUCGCUUCCGUUUACAAGCCUUUACUGCCAGUGGGACCGGUGUUGUGGGACCAGCCAAGCAGUACCGCACACCUGUUGAAGCUCAAAUAAAAGCUCUUCCUGGCGUGCGCGCCAAGCCGCUGAGCUCGACCCAAAUCUCAGUGGAAUGGGACUCGUUGCAACCGCUGACCGCAGACCCGGGCGAUUUGAUUAGCCACAAGAUCAUCUUGACUGACAAGGAAACUGGAGAUGUCACGCAAAGGACCACCAACAGCUGGACCAACUGGCUGGUUGUAUCGAACCUUCAAGAGUUUACAGAAUACAGUAUAAAAGUGGUUGGUUUGACUAAAGAUGGUAUUGGUCCUUCAAAUCCUGCUGUUGUGGCGAAAACCAAGGAGGACGUACCCAGUGCUCCUCCCGAUAACAUGAUCAUCCAAGACAUGUUCAACAUUUCCACCAUCAUCGUGCAGUGGAGUCCAGUCCCCCGCCUACACCGUAAUGGGAUCAUACGAGGCUACAGGCUGGAGUACGUGCAAGUCAAGCCCAGCGGGAAGUUCACGCCCAAGGUGCUCUCUCUCCCGCCUAAUGUGUACGAAAUGGUUGUGCAGGAAUUGGCACCCUCUACCACAUACUCGUUUAGCUUGUCCGCGGUUACGACGGUCGGCGUGGGCAUGGCUGAUGUGAAGGCCGGGGCCACUUGCAAGUGCCCCAAGAAUCUUCAGACAAAUUGGUGGACCCUCCCCCCCUAUCUGGUCGCAGAUGCACAGAGCCCAAGCCCAAGCGGGAUCUUUGGACCACUCGUAAAACAAAUGAUCGACUAUGCUUGCGGGCUUUGUGUCAACGGACAUAACGAUACCAUAGUGCACUUCCAGACGUCAGGGCUCGGCCGGCCUGCAGAGAAAAGUUCGCAACUCGCCGUUAUCGAGGAUAUUGAUGACACCACAGAUAUUAGUUUUCCGAUCGCUGGUCAUAAGGAUGAAUUGCGUUAUAUGGAGAAAUAUGUUUACUUGCCUCUAGUGCAGUCACCGGGUAUCGCCUUUAUUGCGCACAAGCAGGACGCCGGCCAACAACAAGCCGAUGCCAUUUCGAGCUCUAUUCUCGCGUGUUGGCCCGUUACUGCGCUUUUCAUUUUGAUGUGUUACAUCGUUGGCGUGAUUUUGUGGUUUACGGAAAACCAAAGAAACGUAGAACAGUUCCCGCCAAGCUUUGGACGGGGCGCCUGGGAAGGAGCAUGGUUCAGUUUCAUCACUAUGACAACUGUUGGCUACGGUGACCGAGUUCCUCUUAGCAACGCUGGAAGAUUAGUAGCGCUCGUCUGGACGCUGAUUGGAUUAGUUGUACUGUCAAUCUUCAUGGGCCAAAUCACGACAUCACUGACAACAAAAGUAGUCAGCAUGGAACAGGAGAUCAUUCUAUAUGGCACAAAUGUCAGCGCUCUCUCUAACUCCACCGAAUACAGAGUUGGAAUUCUCAAAAACGCAAACAUGUUUGGUUACUCCACGAUGGAUGAGUCGUACAAAGCGGUUAUUAACGGUCAAGUCAAAGGCCUUCUGGUCGACGCAUAUGUUGCUGGUAGUAUGAGCAAGACGUUUGUGGGGCAAGAUGUUUACGUGAACAGGGUCAUAGGUCGCUCCCUGACCUAUGGCAUUGUCCUGUCCGGUCAGGCCGUCCGACUUGAGUCCGCUUGCCGUGAAUACAUUGCUACACACAAGGCAAAAAUCACCGAUCAAAUCAAGUCCAAUGUCAAAGUUCUCGAUCUUGAGGCAAAGAACUCGUCUCUCGAAAACACAGCUAUGGAUCACGUUGAUGAAGAGCCAAUCGUCUCGUUUGAUAGUGUUUUACGAAUUGUCUGCUCUCUCCUCGGCGCAUGCGUACUGAUGGGCCUGCUGUGGCAGACUCGAUUCGCUUUCAAAGCCAAAGGAGAAAUCAAGCCGGAUAUCGUCCAAUUGAAGGAGGUCCAAGAACUACGAGAAAUGGUGUGCGAAUUCUACAAAAAUUUCAUGGAAUCCGCCACAAGCCUCCGUCAUUUUCGCAGAAAGCACCACCGCUGCCUGGUGGACAAGGCGCGCGCUCGUGAGAAAUCGCCAUUCACCGGCCUGAUUGAGAUGGUGCAAACCCGCAAGCGAACCACCAGCAAGAAGCACAGUGACGCUUUUGCUUAGAAAGUGGACAGCUGAAGGCAGCGCAUCAAGAUUUCUAUGUAAACCUGCAUGUAGAUAUUUUGGCUAGCAGCCUGUGUCACAGUGGCUGCGGUUUUAAUGGGGGUCAUUGAUGAGAUUCGUUCGUUUCGCAAAUUUGACGGUAUUUUAAAUCUUUUUUUAUCUUUUGGUGGACAUAAUGUGUUGAGAGGUGCAAUUUAGAAAGACUCCGCAAUGUUUUGGCCUGGUCACAGUAUUUGAUUUGAUUUUUGACUGGUCACAGUAUUUGAUACAGUUUGAAGUGAGUUAGUCCGCAUGCCUGUGACAAGUUAGAUUUUUCGUAAACAUGGGAAUAAAAGAUUGAUAACUUUUUAUAGUUUAAUGAGCAAGCAUGGUCGCUCAACUCCACAGCGUAUAAACAAGUAAAACCGGAACACCUAAAAUGUGUGUGGAAUGUUUAUUUUUUGACGAAUUAGACGCGAGAGGACAUGCUGCUAAUUGAGCCUCGGGACGUUCUUGGUUUGUUAUAAAAAUUCGUGAGGGGGAUUCGCGGGAUUCGCGGGAUAGAAACAUAGGAGGGCCUGAUACUCAGGUUAGUGAAAUAUCAGCCUGAGCGAUCUUGUAAAAAAGAUUCUUAUAAAACAACAAGAGUGUUUUCCCCAACAAAGGCUGAUUUAGGUUCUUAUGAAAAGGGUGCUUUAAAAUGGCAAAUACAGGCAAUAAGGUUUUUACACGCGGCUGUUCAAUGUACCUGUGUACAAUAAAAAACCUGUUCUUUCGAAA